UGUGUGUGUACGUGUAUGCGCGUCUUGAGGUUGCUUUUCAUAGACUCUGAGUUCCGUACGCUGAGAUUGAAAGCCGGCGACUCUUCGGAGCGGGAGCACAUACUCACAGUUAAACUCAAGGCCAAGCACCCAGAAGAGAGUCCAGAAUGCUCAGCUGACGUGCCAGUUCCCUUGGACAUGGCUUGGACACCGCAGAGCACACUGGAGAAGCUCCACAGCCAGUUCAUGCUGGUCCUGGAAUCCCUGGCAGAGUUCUGGGAGGUGCUGGACGAGAUUGACCGUAGGACCUGGGUCCUGGAGCCAGAGAGACCAAGCAGGGCUGACACCAUGAGGAGGAUCGCAAUUGGGAGCAACGUGUCUAUCCGGGUGGAUGUGAAUCCCAGACACCCCAAAAUGCUACCAGAGAGCUGUCUGCUGGGAGCCGAACAUGUGGUGACCCCUCUUCGGAACAAGCUGAACGCCAACAUGCACAUGUGGAACCCAGGCUCCAGCGUCUUGCACAACCUCCAGGAUGUUUUGGAGAUAGAAUUCCCGUCACCUGCCACCCACGAAAAAUCUAGCUUCAGCGCAGAGUGUGGCAUCUGUUAUGCCUAUCGACUGGAGACCGCCAUCCCGGAUCAGGUGUGCAACGACCCGCGUUGCGGCCAGCCCUUCCACCAGGCCUGUCUGUAUGAGUGGCUGCGUGCACUGCCAUCCAGCAGGCAGAGCUUCAGUGUGGUGUUUGGCGAGUGUCCGUACUGCAGCAAGCCAAUCACUGUAAAGAUGGCAGCACCACUAUCCUGAGGUUGAGGAUUCCUCUUCCGUCUUCCACCACAUUCCAACCAACAUUACUACAUGGGAGCCACGGGCAGGACGGCCCACACGAUCCAGCUCUAGUGAUUCAUAUUUGUAUUACGGUUGUGCGUGUCACCUCAGUGUCUCAACACAAACUAAGACAAAAAAGAGGGUUGCGAAAACGGUGCCGCAGACAAACAUGUUCCUCCAGAUGGUCCUCGCUAUCAAAUUGACACCGGGCUCCUCUCUGGGGACCCUGGGAGAUGGCUCCUCCCACUCCAGGAUGCCUCGGCCCCUCCCCCCUCCGUGGGGGAGGGGAUCGAGGAAGUGUACGUGCCUCCGGGCUGUGCUCACUGUCAGGGGUUUCGUGCAGACGUACCGGACGUCUGCCCUUCUUCCGGUGUGGAGUGUUGUCUGUUGAAUUGAGAUAACCAGUUUGACACCCCGGUUCAUUUUGAUGGACGCAAUGUUUUCCAACGUUUAAUAAUCACAACAAAAAGCAUUAUUUAUUUAUUUUUCAAUGAAUUUAAUUAGUUGAGAACGUAUUGCUACGCAUCUAUGUGGGUUAAAUAACUUCAAAUAUUAAAAUAUUAAAUACUAUAUGUUAUAAAUUCAAACCGUCUUUGAUUGACAACCUUUUUUUUUCGCUCUCACAGAACUCC